AUGGACUCCCCCAUCACCUCUGUGGAGUCCUUCCGUUUCCUGGGCACCACCAUCACCCAGGACCUCAAGUGGGAGCCGACCAUCAGCUCCCUCAUCAAGAAGGCCCAGCAGAGGAUGUACUUCCUGCGGCAGCUCAGGAAAGCCAAGUUGCCUGCACAGAUGUUGGUGCAGUUCUACACGGCCAUCAUCGAGUCCAUCCUCACCUCCUCCAGCUCUGGAAGGAAAGUCCGAAAAGAGCCAGACUCCUCCGCAUCCUCCCACAAGCCGCCUACAGACGGCGACGCCCCAGAGAGAGCGGGCCAGGCUCCUGAGCUAGAGGACAGCUUUUUCAACUGUGACUCCGCCUCGCUCUCCUCCUUCUCACUGGACACUCCGUCGUUGCCCAGGAAACCACGCUCUCAGGAAGACACAGACUCACUGGUGUCCAACUGCACCCUGGUCCCAGAGGCCAUCUACCUGCCCCCUGCUGGACACCGCCUGGUUUCGCACAGCGAAUGGGACAGUCUGCACGCACAGUUGUCAGAUUUACAAGCAGAGGUGACCCGGCUAGAGUCUGAGAAGGAGAAUCUGGAGCGAGACCUGGACACACAGACCAACCAAACACACAAACAGAUGUCAGCGUUACAAACUCAGGUCGAAACCUCCGAAAGCCUCCUGCAGGAUUUGCACAAGUCUUUCAGCCAGUCCCAGAGCGCGGUUCAGAGUCGGCUGGUAGAGCUGUCCCUGUCCCAGAGGAAGGUGCAGGUGAAGCUGUCCAGGCUGAAGGGGGGGGAGGUGGAGGAGGGUCCGGUGGAGGCCUCUGCUCUUGUCACAACACUACAGGGUGCUCACUGUGAGGAACGACUUCGAAUCGAGAUCGUCAAUUUGAAAGAGCAACUUGACGCACAGACUGAAGAAAAUGAGGUUUUAGAAGUACAGUUUUCCAGUCUGAAAACUGAGACUGAGAGGAUCCAGGCGCAGAAGGAGCAGUUCCAGGAUGAGUUGCUCUUGUGUCGCACUGAGCUGGAAGCCCUGCGGGUGGCGCUCUCACAUGUGCAGGGCAGUAACAAGAGCCUGGCUUCUGACAAGGCCACUCUCCAACAGCAGUGUCUGGAUCUCCGCAGUCAGGUGAUCAGCCUGCGCUCUCAGGUUGAUACCAGCCAGACUGUCCAGAGGGACUUUGUGCAGCUUUCCCAGGCUCUGCAGGUGAAGCUGGAGCUGAUCCGACAGGCCAAGUCUCUGGAGCAGGUCCGGGAGAUCAUGGAGGAUUCAGUCUCUGAAGAUCUGGAGAGAGUUGAAAAAGCCUUGUAG